CCCCCCCGCGUCGAUCAUUUAGUGCGGCUCUACUGGCAAUGCAGGACUCUUGCCGAUGAAUGUGGCGUCAUCACAUGGACGCACCAUUAUCGCUCUUUCAAUAAAACCGCGGAUGCACUAGCGAAGUUAGCGAUGGACACCAAGGUCAGUCGCCAG